GCUUGGUUUACGGAAGCUGCAGGCUCGUCGCUCCUCUGACUGUAAACUCACGCACGGUUCUCGUCAGUUCUGACAGCAGCCUGUAAACACUCCGCCGGUCAGACAUGGCCCAGUGCUCCGAGCCCGCUACCGUCAGCUCCGCGGUGAACGGAGAGCUGAAGAGGGAGAGGAAGGUGGCCGUUAUCACAGGAAUCACCGGACAGGAUGGCUCCUACCUGGCUGAGUUCCUGCUCGCUAAAGGCUAUGAGGUUCACGGUGUUUUGCGGCGUUCCAGCUCCUUUAACACAGGUCGCAUUGAGCAUCUUUACCAGAACCCACAGACACAUGCUGAGGGCAACAUGAAGCUGCAUUACGGUGACCUGACUGACAGCACAUGUCUGGUGAAGAUCAUCAACCUGGUGAAACCUACAGAAAUCUACAACCUGGGAGCUCAGAGUCAUGUUAAGGUCUCCUUUGAGCUGGCCGAGUACACUGCUAACGUAGACGGUGUGGGAACGCUGCGUCUCCUGGAUGCCAUAAAGACAUGUGGUCUCACCAAUAACGUAAAAUUCUACCAGGCCUCCACGAGUGAGCUGUACGGCAAAGUCCAGGAGAUCCCUCAGAAGGAAACCACUCCCUUCUACCCUCGCUCACCUUACGGAGCUGCUAAGCUGUAUGCCUACUGGAUUGUGGUGAACUUCCGAGAGGCCUAUAACAUGUUUGCUGUCAACGGGAUCCUCUUUAACCACGAGAGCCCGAGGAGAGGUUCAAACUUUGUGACGCGUAAGAUCAGCCGUUCUGUGGCAAAAAUUUACUUGGGCCAACUGGAGAGCUUCAGCCUGGGCAACCUGGACUCCAAAAGGGACUGGGGCCACGCCAACGACUAUGUGGAGGCUAUGUGGCUGAUGCUGCAAAAGGAGGAGCCAGAGGAUUUCGUCAUAUCAACAGGGGAGGUGCACAGUGUGAGGGAGUUUGUGGAGAAGGCCUUCAAACACGUGGGAAAGACCAUUGUGUGGGAAGGAAAGGAUGAGAAGGAGGUUGGUCGUUGCCAGGAGACAGGUGUGACACAUGUGAAGGUGGACCCGAAAUUCUUCCGUCCUACUGAAGUGGACUACCUACAAGGUGACAGCACCAAAGCGUAUCAGAAGUUGGGUUGGAAGCCAAAGGUGACUUUCGAGGACCUGGUGAAGGAGAUGGUGGAUGCAGACAUCGAGCUGAUGAAGAAAAACCCAAACGCCUGAGCCCAAAUCAGUCAGUCCAUCCAGGGGACAAAUAUUUUAGCACUCCAGUGUUGUGCCACUGGGGCCUACAGUGGAAGGACCAUGUUUUAUUUUGACCUUUAUGACUUUUCCAAAUGAGGUAAUCGUGUCCUUUUAUGUUUGCUACGGAUGUUAGGGUGAACUAUCCUCUGCCUUUGUGUCUAGUGUCUAUUUCUGAUAUUAUGUCAUGGUGUUUUGAUUUUCUUUUUAUUAUAUAGCACAAAUGCCUUUUACAUCUCAACACUGAUCAUGUCUGAAUUUAAAUAGAUGGUAUCUUUUAGGGGUUUAUUUAUGGGUGUGUUUGUUUUCUUUAAUCUUGGUGUCAAAGUUGAAAUUCAUUCAUUCAGAGGAUGACAGGGAAGAAUAUAUAAAUAAAUUCAAUGAGUGGAGAUUUAAUCUUUUAUUAAAAUGAGCAAAUGAAUCAUUUGGUACAAUAAAAACAAAUCUUUUAA